UGCCUCCCUCUACUUCUACUCUCUUUCUUCCCUUCCUCUCCUCUCUCCUCUUCUAUUCUCCUUUCCUCAACUCUGUCCACUACAUCCAACCUACCACAUCCACUGCAAACCAUACACGUUCGCAUUCACAAACCCCAUAACCACCAUCACCAACCACCACCAACACCACCAACACCACUUCACACACCCGCCUUCAACCAUGCGUCGCACAUCCAGCAUCUCGAGCACCGCCAGCUCCGAAGAGGACACCAUGCAAAUCUUCGUCAAGGACGUUUCUGGAACAACAAUCCCUCUCACAAUCUCCCCUUCAACCUCAAUAUCCACCCUGCGCACUCUCCUCGCCCUCCGAACCAACCUUCCGACCGCUGAUCUCCGCCUCGUCCACGCUGGAAAGCACCUCUCAUCCACAUCUACCACUCUCUCGGAAUACGCGAUCCCGCCAAACUCCACCCUACACCUAGCCCUCCCCAUGCGCGGUGGCAUGCCGCCCAAGAAGAUCCGUUGCAGUUUCAAGGACUGCAAGGACCGUGCACAGCCCAUCGUCGGCGACUGCGGAUUCUGCACAGGUCACUACUGCGGGAAGCACAGGCUCUUGGAGGAUCACAAGUGCGACGGUCUCGAGGACUGCAAGAAGGAGAGUCACGAGAGGAAUGCGGACAAGUUGAACAGCGAGAGGACUGUCGCCAUCAGGGGCGUCUAGAUCCGUGCGUUACGUCACCGCCCAACCAUGUCUCUUAUCUUAUCGCCAACCACAACAUCGCGGAAUGGGAACGAAGUGGAGUAGAGCGAGGGAAGACGAUCAGACGACAAGAAGCCAGCCGCACUGCGUCACCUUUAUUAUCAGGAGGUGCGCACACGU